AGCAGCUUCCGCUUCCGCACCCAACAUGGCGGACAGCGAAGCGAUACGAUAGAUACUCAGAUUUUUACUGCUUACCGUGAGUAAUAAGUAGAAUGAAUGACUACAAGAUUAUUACGUCUAUAAAGUACAUAGAUAAUAGGUGAAAACGUGAUUAUAAGCCACCCGAUUACCCAAUGACCUAUUUGAUUACCUUACAGCAAUUGGAUUGAAAGCCAACAACCUCCUGAUACGGCGACAGAUAAAUACAAACAACCCAGUAUAUACCACACAACAACCCAUUUAUAAACUAUAAACUGCCCGAGUUCCUGCAAUGGCAAAGCCAGCCAAGCGGGCACGUGUGGAACUUACUUUAAAUCAGAAAAUGAAAUUGAUACAUGACUUUGAAUCUAUCCCUCGGCCAUCUCAAAAAGAACUUGCUUUUAAAUAUCAAAUUGCCAGACAAACAGUUUCGGACAUUCUGAAGAAGAAAGACUUCUAUCAGACUAAAUGUGAACAAAACAUUGGCUCCAAAACAAAACGCUUCCGUGAGAACAGUAAAUUUGAUCGCAUCAACAAACUGACAUAUAAUUGGUUUUUGGACGCCCGCAGCCAAAAUUUACCAAUUUCUGGUCCCAUUCUGAAAGAAAAGGCUCUCCAGUUUGCAUCACAACUGGACAUUGGCGAUUUCAAAGCUUCAGAUGGCUGGCUAGCAUCAUGGAGAACACGUCAUGAUAUCAAACAAUGGAAAGUUAGUGGCGAGAGUGCGAGUGUCAAUACUGAUCAUGCUGAUGUCAUAGAAAAUUUUAAGACAGGUUUAGACAGCUUCCACUGUAUAACAACAAAUCCACCUUUGAGGGACACUGAAUCGUUGUCACUUCACAAAGGCAAAAUGAUGUCUGUUGUAAUCAAAGCAUUCCUGGAGCGAGAUGGGAACCCAAAGGCUGAGAUCCGACGUUUCGGAGUUACAGGCUGAGGCAUCUGCAAGUUUUACUUACAUAUUUUUGAAGGUGUCAGAAGUCUUUCCGGGACUUGUCACUGGAAACUUCAACCUCUUUUGGAAAGACAGCGAUGGGGACCUGGUGUCAUUCUCUUCAGAUGAGGAACUGAUGGAAGCCCUGGGCUUUGUAACUGAUUCCGUGUUCAGAAUCUAUGUUAGAGAGCAUGCUGCAACGUCAUUUGCCAGCAGCAGCGGCUGCAAUGGAAUGUUCCACCCCAAUGUUGUGCGUGAUGCAUGUAAGAGGGCUGUCCGUGGCAUCCACUACAAGUGUGUGUGCCCAGACUAUGAUCUCUGCAGUCAGUGUGAGGCUAAAAAGAUCCACUGGCACAACCGUCAUGGUGGAUCUGGCAUGGAAACGGAGGGGGAUGUUCCCCCUGGGGCGGACAUUGACCCUAACCAGGACGGGGAACAGGAUGCUGGACCCGAGGAGGAAUAUCUCCACAAUGUGGGAGAGAAUGUGGCAGCCAUGAUGGACCCUUUCGGUAUUGAUGUGAACUCCGAAGUUGAGCAUCAAGGUCGCCGUCGUGGUGGGCAAUGUCAUGGAGCUGGCCGACAUGGAUGUAGAGGUUUUGGAGGAGGAUGUGGAGGACCCAGAGAUCAUGGUUACCAAAUCCGCCAUUGCCAUCGUCGCGAGUGGCAAUAACCAGGACAAGGAGGUUGGGAAAGAAGGUGACGAGAUGAGAGAGGAAGCAGAAAUCAAAUCCAUAAAGCAGGAGGCACAAGACUCAAUGGCUCAGGAUGUGUCCAGAUCUUCCAAAGCUCUAGUCACGGACAUAACAAAGGGUCUGUCAAUCAACGAUGGUAGUUCUGAAGGAGAGUGGACCGUUCUGUUAAACUCCAGAUCUCCACCAAGCCCUCCACACCCAGACCCCAAGAUUUCUGAGGCUCUCCAUCAAAUGUCCCAGAUGGGUUUCACAAAUGAUGGCGGCUGGCUGACACACGACUGCUUGAGGCCAAGAACGGAGACAUCACUCAGGUGCUGGAUGCAAUGAAACCAGAUCGCAGAAUCAACGAGGGCUUCAGAGCCUGAACACCUAUCCAGACUGUGACACACUCUUACCACAGGCUAUACUUUCACUGGGUUAACCGCCUCCAUGGUGUAGUGGUUAGGGCGUUCGCCCGGAGAGCGGGAGGUUGGGUUUUUUUUAAGACAUGAAAAUAUGGUACUUGUUGAUCCCUGCCUGGAGCUUUGCAUUACUGGGUACAACAAGGGCUGCUCGGCUCAGAGUCAGUGUAAUGUUCCCCAGUUGAGUAUUCAUGCUGAACUGCAGCAUGGUAUCUCAGUGAGCUAGCACUAAAAAACCAGCAGAAGUCUGGGCUACUACAAACAGCCACACAUACACACGUCAUGCAUGUCAUCAUAUGUACGACGUUAAACCCCAUUUCACCUCACCUUCACUGUAUGUGACAUGUCAUUUCAAUGCAUUGUAAGAUACUUUGAAAUUGUGUGGUUCAAAUACAUGACACUGUAAUCAAACUGUACCAAUAUCAGCCUUGUUUUAAUCAAAGGUUAAACAGUGACCCCGCUUGUUAGAAACUAAAGCAUUGAGAAGUCGAUUGUAACAUGUAAAAUUCAGCCUCAACAGUGUAGAUUCAUACAAUAGUACUGUUUUUGUCCAUGAGUUUGUUUUGCAAAACUGGCAACUCGAUUUUGAUUCAAGUUUUCAACUGAAAAUUGACACCUCUGAUAUUUAUGUUUACUGUAAAGUAAAAUACAGGUACUUCAUCCAUGGAAAUAUUGUAGGAUUUUGUUCAUGUUUCACUGCAUUUACAGCUUUUUUGUUGUUGCUUCUGUGUAUGACUAUUGUGUGUAGAUUAUAAUUGUCUUGAAACUGGGUAUUGUUAUUUGAUUGUGAGGAAAACCUUGGAAAAAGUAAUGGGGUUGUGUAAACCCUGGAAAAUAUAAUUGGGCAGUUCAAACCUUAGAAAACAUAAUGGGUGUUUUUUGUAUAUCUACAUGAAAUGUUUGUCUUGAUAUUCAUACAUGGCAGAAAAUAAAUUUAUUUCAAUUGA